AUGAGGCGACGACUGACAACUCUGGUCAAUAGUCGAGCUUCAAGGAAGACUUCUGAGGAUGCAGAGGACAAUAGCCGGUAUUAUGAUUUUGACAGUGUGGCUGUCAGUUCAAGGCCGCACUCCCCUUUUAUCGAUCGACAACGACUAUCGCCGCCGCUAGAAAGACAGUUGCAGCAUGCGUGCCUCGUUCUGUAUCAGAAAAUACAAUUUCCAGAGAGGUGGGAAGAUUUCGGCAAAUGCACGAACCCAACGAGUGAUAGCCAUUCAUCCUGCAAAAUCUCUUCGUUUACCGUCCCAGAUCAUAUAGCUGCGGAUGUUGAUGUUGUCCCCGCUUGUGAUCAGGACAGGCUGUUGAACGAGAAUCAAAAAACUGUUUCGAAUAUGAAAAACCGACAUCGCAUCGGCAAAAAUGUUGAUUCGGAAUGGAAGCGAGAUUCAACCCACGGACGGGCCAUGUGUGCCCUCGAACAAUCAUUUGCAUCACGUACCGUGUGUGGCAAUGGCGCUUCAACAACAUUUCAGAAUCAGUUCGGUGGUAGAGCAACUUUUGCGAAUGAUACUGUUAACGGGUCCCCAGAGCUUCGAAGCAGUUUCAGCCCACAAACACAAAUGAGAAAUCAUAACGAUUUCUCAUUCGUACACGGUAUAUCAAUAAACGCCCCGACAAUCGAGGAGCGUGCUCCCGAUGAAGCCGGGCAGCACAGAGAUAUUGGAGAAUUGACUGGAAUGCUAACGAAAUCUACCAAUCGAGAAUUCCAGUCCCCAGUUUCCGCAACACUAUUGCGAAAUAUCUCACACUCCUGGCAGCAGAUAUCGCACAAAUUUCAACUAGAACGAUACGACACCAUUUCGGUUUUCGAACUGGAAAAGUCUCUACUACAGGAUGAUCUUAAAGCCCGCUCAGCGGACCUGGCCAACCGGAAAUACAAAUCCGACAUCAUCCAAACCCCAAUCCUUCUUGAUGAAUGUGAGACAGAUUCAUCCAUCAACACACUUACCGAUACGGAAUCAUGUAGCUCCCAAUCCUCAAGCGGCAUGGUAAUAAUUGACGAGAAUGGCUUGGAGAAAGUGAUGACGCUUGCUGAGGAAAAGCGACGCCGUUUGGCCCUUGAACGCGCAGUUAUGGCGAAAAUGUCUGGCGGCCUUCUUGCUCCAAUACCUAAUAGGGAUAAAGCUGUGGCCCCCCCACUCGAACCCGCCAAAUCCACCAACCUCACUAGCUUCGUUUAG